AUGGAUUCUUCUAGGACGGCGGCUAGCAGCAGCAAGCAGACCAUGGCGAACGAUACUCCCGAACAGCUUCUCGAUGUUUUCAAGGCUGCCGCACUCUCUGUCACCAAGCUUUACAAGACAUCGGCGUUGGCCGAGUCCAGAGCGCGCACAGAUGGGUACCAAGACUGUCUCGAGGAUCUAUUGAGCUUUCUCGACAAGGAAAAUAUGGGACUUUGUGACGGUGAGGGGUGGGGGAUACGACGAUGGGCCACCGAGCGACUUGAAGGCCGCGACAGCGCUCUCCAGAGCACCGAGAGCGAAGAUGAAACGGAAAAGGCUGCGGAGCGAACGGCAUCACCCGAGAUGACGCGAACGAGCGUUGAACCGCAGCAGGUGGCCAUCCAGGUCCAGGCCGAUUCACCGGCGCCGACGAGCCAACCACGAUCCGACGAACCUACGCACUUUGUCGUUCCUUCACAGGAUAACUUUACCUUUCAGUCUUCACAUCCAUAUCCGAACAUCGCCACACUCGAUCUCUCCGACUCUCGACCCCAUGAUGCAACCGCUUUCCCGGCACGAGCGGCCGCUAAAGCCCGACUGAAUGGCUCCGGGCCUGGUCGGUCUUUGCGCUCAUCCGGACAUUUGGGGCGAGGGGCAGGUUCAAAGCGCCGCAUCAACUUUGAUGACUUUUUCGGCGGGUGCUUUGGCGGCAAGGAUCCUACGAACCCCGGCGCCAAACGUGGCCGACACGCCUGA